AUGCAUCUGCUCAAAGUCAAUCUCGUCCAUUCGCUUGGCUCCUGCGUCCGACUUCUUCGUCCUACCACUCGUCUCAGUACGCCCCAGUUUACCCGCAUUCUCAGUCGUGCAAUGUCCAGCAGCCAGUACUUGGUUGAGGAGAAGGAGUACGAGUUCUUGCGUCGACUAGGCAUCGAGAAGACGAACUAUGGAGUGUUCUCCAAGGACGGCUGGAGUGGCAGUGGAGAGACCAUUAAAUCAGUGAACCCUUCUGAUGGACGUGUCAUCGCCGAAGUGGUGGCCGGCAACCUGGCCGACUACAACCGAGCAGUGGAGCAGACAAAGGACGCCUGGCAGGUGUGGGCAGACUUGCCCGCUCCGCAGAGAGGUGAAAUCGUGCGCCAGAUCGGCAACGCUCUGCGCGAGAAGAAGGCCGAUCUGGGUCGACUGAUCUCUCUGGAGAUGGGCAAGAUUCUCUCGGAGGGCGAGGGCGAAGUCCAGGAGUACAUCGACAUCUGCGACUACGCAGUGGGCCUCUCGCGAAUGCUCGCCGGACAGGUGCUGCCCUCGGAGAGGCCGAACCACGUUCUCCUCGAGAACUGGAAUCCCCUCGGCGCCAUUGGCGUCAUUUCCGCGUUCAACUUUCCCGUGGCCGUCUACGGUUGGAACAACGCCAUAGCGCUGGUGUGCGGUAACAGCGUCCUGUGGAAGCCAGCCCCCACGACGACACUGUGCGGUGUGGUCAUUACCAAGAUUUUGGAAUCGAUUUUGCGCGCCAACGGCCUUCCCGGCUCCGUCUGCUCGCUGGUGGCAGGCGGCGCCGAGAUUGGCUGCGCUAUAGGCGAGGACAGUCGGUUGCCAUUGGUUUCAUUCACCGGGAGCACCCCGGUCGGCCGGGAGCUCGGCGUCGCCGUACAGCGCCGCUUCGGACGCUCCAUUCUGGAGCUGGGCGGGAACAAUGCCAUCGUCGUCUGCGAGGACGCCGACCUUGACAUGGUCAUCCGAGCGGCGCUCUUUGCCUGCGCCGGCACUGCUGGCCAGCGCUGCACCACCACCCGACGGCUGAUCGUCCAUGAGCGCCUCGUCGACGCCGUCGUCCAGCGACUGGCCAAGUCCUUUGCCCAGCUGCGGGUGGGCAGUCCGCUGGAGAGGGACACCCUGUACGGGCCGCUGCACACCGAACAGGCGGUGCGCAACUACGAGAGCACCAUUGCCAAGGCAGUCCAGCUCGGCGGGAAGGUCGUCUGCGGUGGGAAGCGUAUCCACCGACCGGGCUACUUUGUCGAGCCGACCAUCAUCACCGGCCUGGCGCAUGACGCGUCCGUCGUCCAGGAGGAGACCUUUGCGCCCAUUGUGUACGUGCUCAAGUUCAAGGAGCUGGAGGAGGCCAUCGCCUGGAACAAUGAGGUCGACCAGGGACUGUCGAGCAGUAUCUUCACGAAGAACCUGGAGACCAUCUUCAAGUGGACCGGACCAAAGGGAUCUGACUGCGGCAUUGUCAACGUCAACAUUCCCACUAAUGGAGCUGAAAUUGGCGGUGCCUUUGGCGGCGAGAAGGCAACUGGUGGCGGAAGAGAGUCUGGUUCUGACUCUUGGAAGCAGUACAUGCGACGAUCGACCUGCACAAUCAACUACUCAAAGGAGCUGCCACUUGCACAGGGAAUCAAGUUUGAGUAA